CAGACCUCUGGUAGACAGUCAGUCACCACACAACCCCGCUGCCGAAGACCUAAACGCUGGUCGUCGUCGUGCUGGUGCGUAAAACCAUAAUACAUUUAUCUCGUAGUUAUUAAUAUAACUGAAGAUCGUAUUAUCGUGGCCGUGUUACCAAAGGAAACUCCGCUUUCUUCGUUUAUAAAAGUCCCGACGUUGUGUCACGUGCGUGUGAUCGGGUUACUAAUAAUUCCAAGUCGUUUCCGUCUCUACGAUAUGGACGGUCCUCGUUGGCCCGUGACGAUGACCUCGACCAAGAAAACCAUGUCCCGGUCAUUUCUGAUCGACACGCUCAUAGGCAGCGUCAAACGUCCCUCCACCACCGCUGCUGUAGCUGCCGCAGCCGCUGCAGCCACCGUAUCCGCGGCCUCUGUAUCUUAUCACCCACAGCUCAACGAGUACAUUCAGUUCUUGAACAGGACUGCAGCGGCAGCCGCCGUCUAUGGAUACCAAUCGUCGACGCCUGUUGUAUUUCCGUCGGCUACUAAUCCACGGUUUUUCGGUUAUCCGGUCGGCGGAAGUAGUAGUGGAGGUGGCGGUGGUGCAUUCGGUAAAGACCACCAACAGCAACGCCACGAUCAUCAACACAACUACCACCAGAAGCAGGCACCUCCGGUGGUCGUAAAACCCGUUGCUGUUGUAGCUACCAAUACGGGCCAGAGGAAUAAACCACACCAUGCCAAAACUUCGGCGAAAAAGAGAGCAGCAAAUGAAAUGAUGGCUUACGAUCCAGAUUCUGUUGUGGCUGAAGAUCCAUUACGAGAAAAUGGAGAAAGCGAUACAGAUUCCGGAAGUUCGAAAAGGAUCCGGACAGCGUUUACCAGUAACCAGCUAUUGGAGUUGGAACGAGAAUUCUCCAGCAACAUGUAUCUGUCGCGAUUGAGGCGCAUAGAGAUCGCCAACUGUCUGCGGUUGUCCGAGAAGCAGGUGAAAAUUUGGUUCCAGAACAGACGGGUUAAGCACAAAAAAGAAGACGGACCCAUAGCAUCGAUAAAGCCAGGCACGCCAUGCUGCAACUGUUCAAAGUCUUGUCAUCAGUCAUCCACGGCGGUCGGAAGUACGUCUGGUUGUCGAAAAAAUGAUACAGAUGGCGACGAUGGCGAUGGACGUUGUGGUCGGUUUGACUAGACACGAGUGUAGACGAACAACCUAUAUUAUAAUAGUUCGUCCGUGGCAAGUACAAACAUUAUCUUAAGAGCAAUGGCUGUGAUGAAGAGUGGCGGUCGAAUGACAUCGAUCAAACACUGUAAAACGAAUUUCUUUUAAAACCAUUUUGCGGUGGACGCGAAAUAACUAUAAGUCAUUC